GUUUCAACGAUUUUCCAAAGAAUUUGAUUUCGAUAGACACGGGCUUGUUGCCCCCAUCCAUGCACCUCCUUUUUUAUGGCAUUUUCUUUUUUCGUUCCAUUUAUCCUCCAAUGCUAGGAUGAUAUCGACGUCUUCUGCUUGUUUCAGUCAGGAUACCGGAGGAAAGCUGGACAGCAUCGUCUAAAUGAAAGUCUUCUCGGUGUUUUCCGCCCCGCUGCGCCGGCUCGGCACGCGACAGCGGGCGACAGGAUGGACUUGCGGCGACUGUCGCACCGCAUCGGGCCGGCGUACGGCGCCGCGCUUCACGGGCUCUCGCGGGUUCGCGUCCUCCUCCUCUAGGGCCUCCAGGGCCUGGACGACCGGCCGCGCGAGUCCUCGCAACACUCGGAACGGGAUCGUCCUCCUCGCUUCCGGCGGUGGUGCCGCUACCGUCGGCGCUCUGGCCUUUACCGACGAUAUUAAAUACGGCUACGAGGCUGCCGAACGGGCAGGUCGUGUAGCUGCCGCCUUGGCGGUGUGUAUCAACGAUUAUCGAACGACGUUAAACCAACGGGAGAAGGAGGAUGACGAACAGAGACGCGCAACUCUUUUGAGCGAUUGCCAUCAGAGAUGCGCCGAGAGAACCUUGAAGGUGCUGGAGAAGAACGGGGGCAUCUUCAUCAAGUUGGGACAACAUCUGAGUGCAAUGAACUACCUUCUUCCAACGGAAUGGACCACGACAUUCAUCCCCCUCCAAGAUAAAUGCCCCGUUUCGUCAUACGAAUCGAUCGAGAAUAUGUACAGGCGAGACACGGGCGGAGAACUCCUCGACUACUUCUCCGAGUUCUCCAGAGAGCCUAUCGGCGCCGCAUCCCUGGCGCAAGUCCACACUGCCGUCAUCCGGGGAACCGGACAGAAGGUGGCCGUCAAGGUCCAGCACCCAGGACUCGCGCAGUGGGCGCCCCUAGACCUCAGCCUGACGAGGUUCACAUUUUCGACCCUGAAGCGCUUCUUCCCCGAGUACGAUCUCGAAUGGCUCUCUUCCGAGAUGGACGUGUCGCUUCCCAAGGAGCUGGACUUCAGGGAAGAAGCCCACAACGCGAAGCGCACCCGAGAACAUUUCGCCCGCCUGCCCGAACACCCGCUCGUCGUACCCCAAGUGCUGUGGGCCAAGCAGCGCAUCCUCGUCAUGGCCCGCGAGUCCGGCCGCCGCCUGGACGACCUCGAAUACCUCGACGCGAACGGCAUCGACCGCGACGACGUCUCGGCCUGCCUGGCGCGCAUCUUCAGCGAGAUGAUUUUCGGCGCCGACGCGCCGCUCCACUGCGAUCCGCACGGCGGCAACCUCGCCAUCCGCAAGAACGAGGCCCGCGGCCGGCUGCGCGGCCACAACUUCGACAUCAUCCUGUACGACCACGGUCUGUACCGCGACAUCCCGCGCGAUCUCCGGCGGUCGUACGCCAAGAUGUGGCUCGCCGUCAUCGACGGCGACAUGGACCGCAUGCGCCACUACGCCAAGAAGGUCGCCAACAUCACCGACGAGCAGUUCCCCAUCUUCGCCUCCGCCAUUACGGGCCGCGAUUUCGGCCUGCUGUCGGCCAAGGAAGCCGGACGGACCACGAGCGGCAAGGGCCCGUCCAUUCUCCGGACCCGCACGGCCGAGGAGAAGAAGGAGAUGGGCGACGCCCUCCAGGAAGGGCUCCUGGCCGACCUCGUCCAGCUCCUGGGCCAGGUGCCCCGCAUCAUCCUGCUUAUCCUGAAGACGAACGACCUCACCCGUUCCCUCGACGAGAGCCUGCACACCCGCCAGGGUCCCAUUCGCACUUUCAUGAUUCUUGCGCGCUAUUGCACCCGCACCGUCUUUGAGGAGAAGGUCGAGGAAUUGCGGAACCGCGGCUCGCUCCUCUGGCCGCCUAACGCCUUGCGUUUCUUCGCUGCGUGGGUUAGCUACGUGCGAGUCGAGGUUAAGCUUGAAGCGUUCGAGCUUUGGCUUGGUGCGAAAAGGUUGCUGGGGCUGAGGGGCGUCGAGUUCCCUUCGCCCGAGAUCUGAAUGCAUCUAUCUGUAUCUUCCUCGUUGCAAGUCAUUAGCCUCUACUGCAUUGUCUUACCUUCUGCCCCCCUUCGCCCUUCUUAUUUUUUGUCUAAUGAUGAAAUCCCCUAUUGCCAAUGGGGCCAUGUUACAUAUGAGGGUGUUUGCUUGGCAUAGAUUAUAGAGACCGUACAUACAUCAACGCAAUACACCUAUAUAUUCUUAUGCCCGUACCAGCUCAAUCUGCCACAAAUCGAGUUUCCCCAGCCACUCGAGCUGUGCUUCUAUUAGCCGAGCACGCUGAAAUGAAGAAUCUUUGUCAUACAGCUCCUUGCUAGCCCC